AUGUAUUUAACAAUAAAUUUUAUAUUGCUUACUUUUUUCUACUUUUUAACGUACGUGACAUCUAAUAGUUGUUAUUGGAAUUCUAAGAACUAUUAUAAAAGCUUCUCAAGUAAAACUCCAUAUAAUAAUGAGAGGGGUGACAUAAGAGACUCUUUAAUAAAACUAAAAGGAUGUGAGCCAAUAAGUGUAUGGUCACUUAUAAGACAUGGGAAGCGAACGCCGGGUACCGAUUACGCUGGUAAUAUGAUGGAAGCGAUAACUUUAAAAGAUGUUAUUGCAAUAAGCCAUGAAAAAGGAGAAAGUGAUCUCUGCGCUCAAGAUGUAGAAAAUUUAUACAAUUGGAAACCCGACCCUGAACUAUUUAACAAUACCCACAGUCUUAGUAAAGAGGGGUAUUUAGAAGUAUUCGGUAUAGCCAGAAGGAUAAAAAAGGCAUUUAAAGAAUUACUAAUGAAUCUAGAAGACGGCAGCUAUAUAAUAAGAUCAGCUUUCGGACAUUGGGUCGAGGAUGGUGUUGAAAGUUUUGUUAAAGGCAUGUCGGAUAAGCCUUUGUUAGUGGAAAAUUCCAACCCACAUUACGAUAUUAUCGCACCUCAUGAGUCUUGUAAUAAAUAUAUGAAGGAGGUCAAAAACAAUUCAGCUACGUAUAACGAAGCCAAUAAAUACCAGAGCUCAGAAGAAUACAUCGCAGCCAAAGAACGAAUACAGAAAAAAAUUGGUGUUGACUACAACCUUACAAAUGCACAAAUAAUAGCUUUAUACGAUUUAUGUCGUUAUACGUGGUCGGGAAUCGAUAAUAAAGAGAGUCCUUGGUGUGCCCUAUUCUCGUUAGAAGAUCUGAAGGUGAUGGAGUACCAUGGAGAUUUACGCCAUUACUAUCGAAACGGACCUGGCAGUUCAAUAAAUCAUUACUUUGGUCAAGUCGUAUUGGCAGAUCUAUACCAAAUUUUUAGCAACGCUAAAAAGGGGGAAGUCAAAAAAUUGACAGCGUACUUCACUCACGCUACUGUGAUGGACAUGGCGUAUACAGCUUUAGGCUGGUAUAAUGACAAAAUGCCCUUAACAAGUGCGUUUAGAGAUCCGAACAGGAAAUGGAGAUCGAGUAAACUAUCAGUAUUUGCAGGCAAUUUAAUUGCAGUUUUACAUAGAUGUUUACAAGAAAACAAAGAACAUUUCAAAGUUGUGUUUUACUUGAAUGAAGAACCAGUAACAUCGAUAUGCGAGAAAGGGGUGUGUUCAUGGCAGGAGUUUGAAAAUAAAUUAAAGCCUUUUCAGAAUACUACUUUGUCAUUUUGCGACGCU